CACUCGUAGGGAGCCCACCCUUCAGUGAUGCCGACUGCAGUGUGUAUAAUAACAGCGAGGGGAGCUCCGGGAGUCUAGGAGGAGCUGCGGCAAGGUCGACGACAGCAUCCUGUUCUGAACGACAGAAAGACGCGAGGCGGGCGGGAUUAGGUCCGGCGGCUAGCGAGCGAAAGUCAGAGGAGGAUUUUUGGAUUUACUGUCGGAAGAAGAAGAUAAAGAAGAAGAGGAGGAGAGUGGUUAAAAGUUCCCAGCCUGUAGCCUCAUGUUGCAAGGCAGCUAGCGAGCUAUCCUUCACCACAAACGUUACUAACGUUACCGUGUGCCCCCCUCCCGCACCUCUCCUGUCCGGGCAGAGCGCUGUGCUCGUCCCUGUGAAUUGGAAGCGAGUCGUGCAUCUGUCACGGGGCACCUCCCGGACUUUCGCACUUCCCUCUGUGACUUUUACGAGCCGUAGCGUGGCUUUUUCCCACACGGUGUCACGUUCGUUUGUGUUUUUUGUGCCAUGUCAGCGCCAUCCUCCACGUCUUCCGGCCCGGCGGACAGCACCGCGACGGAAACCGAUUUUUUAACCAUGGAUUCGGGGCUGAGGCCGCCCGGUCCGACGCCCAGCCUGAGCCGAUUCCAGGUGGAUCUGGUGGCGGAGGCUGCGGGCGCCACCGAAGAUAAGUCACCGAGCUCCGACGCCUCCACCACUGUCCCAUCCAGCGAUAAGGCGACUCCCACCGCUCCUCCAGAGGGUUCGGGUACUGAUUCGGGUGUCGGCGGAGAGGAAGCCAAAGGCCGGUUUCGGGUGGUGAACUUCGCGGAUCCGAGCGGAGCGGGCUGCGCGGCCUCUCCGGAGGCACCGCCGACCGAGGGGAUACAGAACGGUGACACGGUGAUGAGCGAGACCAGCUUGCAUUCGUCCACAGGGGGCCAGCAGCAUUAUCACUAUGACACCCACACCAACACCUAUUACCUGAGGACUUUUGGCCACAACACCAUCGAUGCCGUGCCCAACAUCGAUUUCUACCGGCAGACAGCAGCCCCGCUGGGCGAGAAGCUCAUCAGACCCACCCUGUCGGAGCUGCACGACGAGCUGGACAAGGAGCCGUUUGAGGAUGGCUUUGCCAAUGGUGAUGAGCUGACACCGGCUGAAGAGGCUGCUGCUAAAGAAGCAGCUGAGUCCAAAGGAGUGGUCAAGUUUGGCUGGAUUAAAGGGGUGUUGGUCCGUUGCAUGUUAAACAUCUGGGGUGUGAUGCUCUUCAUCCGCAUGUCGUGGAUCGUGGGUCAGGCUGGGAUUGCUCUCUCCUGUUUGAUUGUUGCCAUGGCUACCGUAGUGACAACCAUCACUGGCCUUUCCACCUCUGCCAUCGCCACCAACGGAUUUGUACGAGGAGGUGGGGCGUAUUACUUGAUUUCGAGGAGUCUGGGCCCAGAGUUUGGAGGCUCCAUCGGUCUUAUCUUUGCCUUCGCCAAUGCAGUGGCUGUAGCCAUGUAUGUGGUGGGCUUCGCUGAAACCGUGGUGGAACUUCUCGCCGGCGUAGAUGCCAUCAUGACAGACCAAAUCAACGAUGUCCGAAUCAUCGGUACCAUCACAGUAAUCCUGCUCCUGGGCAUUUCUGUGGCAGGAAUGGAAUGGGAGGCCAAGGCUCAGAUCUUCCUGCUCGUUGUCCUCGUCACGGCCAUCAUCAACUACUUCAUUGGAACCUUCAUUCCUCUCAAGUCAAAGGAACCAAUGGGCUACUUUGGCUAUGACGGUGCAAUCAUGUGGGAAAACAUGGGUCCGGACUUCCGAAAAGAAACAUUUUUCUCCGUCUUCGCCAUCUUCUUCCCCGCAGCCACUGGUAUUCUGGCUGGAGCCAACAUCUCAGGAGACCUUGCUGACCCACAGCUGGCCAUUCCCAGAGGAACCCUCCUGGCCAUUUUGAUCACAGGAAUCGUCUACCUGGGUGUCGCUGUUUCAACAGGCUCCUGCAUCGUGAGAGAUGCCAGUGGAAGUCCGAAUGACACAAUCAGUUCUCAGUUCAUGGCGAACUGCACUGAUGCUGCAUGCAAAUUCGGCUACGACUUCUCCACCUGUAAGAGUGAAAACAACUGUCGCUUUGGACUCCAUCGUGACUUCCAGGUGAUGAGUCUAGUUUCUGGUUUCGGGCCCAUCAUCACUGCUGGAAUCUUUUCUGCCACUCUAUCUUCAGCUCUGGCCUCUUUAGUCAGCGCACCAAAAGUGUUUCAGGCUUUGUGUAAGGACAACAUCUACCCUGGCCUGGACAUGUUCGCCAAAGGUUACGGCAAGAACAAUGAGCCCCUCCGAGGCUACAUCCUGACCUUUGGUAUCGCUCUGGCCUUCAUCCUCAUCGCUGAGUUGAACGUAAUCGCCCCCAUCAUCUCCAACUUUUUUUUGGCGUCCUAUGCCUUGAUCAACUUUUCUGUGUUCCAUGCAUCACUGGCUAACUCACCAGGGUGGCGUCCCAGCUUCAAAUACUACAACAUGUGGGUGUCUCUGGCUGGAGCCAUACUGUGCUGCGUGGUGAUGUUUGUCAUCAACUGGUGGGCUGCUCUGCUGACCAACGUCAUUGUUCUCGGUCUAUUUAUCUACGUCAGUUACAAGAAGCCAGAUGUGAACUGGGGCUCGUCGACCCAGGCUUUGACCUACCACCAGGCACUGACUCACACUCUGCAUCUCAGCGGAGUGGAGGACCACAUCAAGAACUUCAGACCCCAGUGUUUGGUGAUGACCGGUUACCCCAACUCUCGUCCGGCUCUCCUCGACCUGGUCCACACCUUCACCAAGAACGUAGGCCUGAUGAUUUGUGGACAUAUUCGCACGGGCUACAGAAGGCCAAACUUCAAAGAGCUGGCUGCAGACCAGGCCCGGUAUCAGCGCUGGCUGCUGAAGAAUGAGAGCAAGGCCUUCUACACGCCGGUGUUUGCUGAGGACCUGCGUCAGGGGGCACAGUACCUGCUCCAGGCUGCCGGCCUGGGACGCCUCAAGCCGAACACACUCGUCAUGGGCUUCAAGAACGACUGGAGGGACGGCGACAUGAUGAAUGUGGAGACUUACAUCAGUAUGAUCCACGAUUCCUUUGACUUCCAGUUUGGUGCUGUUAUUCUGCGACUGAAAGAGGGCCUGGAUGUGUCCCACAUCCAAGGACAAGAUGACUUGCUGUCCUCCCAGGAGAAGUCUUCAGGGAUGAAAGAUGUGAUUGUGUCCAUAGACACCAGCAAAGACUCUGACGCUGAUUCAUCCAAGCCGUCUUCAAAGGCCACCAGCCUCCAGAACAGCCCAGCUGUACAGAAAGAUGACGAUGAUGAUGGCAAAGCUCCAACUCAGCCCCUGUUGAAAAAAGACAAGAAGAGCCCGACUGUACCACUGAAUGUCUCCGACCAGAGGCUGCUGGAGGCCAGCCAGCAGUUCCAGAAGAAACAGGGGAAGGGCACAGUGGACGUCUGGUGGCUGUUUGAUGACGGAGGUCUGACCCUGCUGAUCCCCUACCUACUGACUAACAAGAAGAGGUGGAAGGACUGCAAGAUCCGUGUCUUCAUCGGAGGCAAGAUUAACAGGAUUGAUCACGACCGCCGAGCGAUGGCCACUCUGCUGAGCAAGUUCAGGAUAGACUUCUCUGACAUCACCGUGCUGGGAGACAUAAACACCAAGCCCAAGAAGGAGCACGUGGCGGCCUUCGAGGAGAUGAUCGAGCCGUAUCGGCUGAAGGAGGACGACAUGGAGCAAGAGGCAGCUGAGAGUCUGAAGAACAGAGAACCCUGGAGGAUCACUGACAACGAGCUGGAACUGUACCGUGCCAAGAGUAAUCGUCAGAUCAGACUCAACGAACUGCUGAAGGAGCACUCAAGCACAGCCAACCUCAUCGUCAUGAGUCUGCCGUUGGCCAGGAAGGGCACUGUGUCCAGCGCUCUGUACAUGGCCUGGCUGGAGGCGUUGUCUAAGGACCUGCCGCCCAUCCUCCUGGUGCGCGGAAACCACCAGAGUGUCCUCACCUUCUACUCUUAAACAUGCACACAGAGAAGAAAAUCCAUGUUUUUUUAAAAGCCUCACAUCCAUUUCUGCUUCUGGAGCAGAACCACAUACACAUCCCAGAUCCAGUCCAAACCUAAAGGUGCACCACAUACACUCCAGAGACGGUAGAAAACACACAGCCACUGAUGGAAACAAUGCUGGUAAUAUGAAUAAAGAUGAAGGAAGUGAUGAUGGUUGACGUGUAAAAAACAGUCAGGGUGGGGUGGGAGGGUGGGGGGGUGUUGUACGGUUGCCCACUCAGCUCCUUCUUUCUAUUUAUUCUACAAUGUUUUACGAGGUUUUUCUCUUGUAGCUCUAGUUUCUUUAAAUUUCCUCCUGAAAAUUUCAUUUUUGUCAAAGUUGAUUUCUCUCAGGCUCCAAAGCAGUUGUGCACAAUGUCCACAUUGUUCUCAUGAUAUGGAAUACCUUGAUGUCAUACUUGUUUCAUUGGACCAGCUGUCGUGUUUGUGAUGCAGCAAUAAUCACCCUGUCCUGUUGUUUUUCCUUUAAUAUUGGGAGAGAACCAUGCAGAAAGCUUUGCAACACCGUCUAAAGCCUUAUGGAUGUGCCUUCCAGCUGAAUCAGAUGAAAUAAUUAUAAUCUCUAUCCAGAUUGACAAUAUUACCUAUUAUAUUGGAUGAUAGUUAGUUUUAUUGAGUUUUAAAUGUGAUUCUUUCUUAGUUGGAGCGUUGCAUUUCUGCGAGUGGAUUGCAUGAAUUUAAUGAAGGGUCUCCACUUGAUUGCAUGAAGCCUUUUCUGUCAUUUCUCUCUUUUACCCUAAUCAACGUAUUUUAUUUUGGGUUCUUUUCUUUUGUAUUCACUUUUGAGUCUUCCUUUUUAAAGCUGUUGAAUAUUUAAGAUGGCCUCAGCUACUAAACACAAGACACAAUUUCUCUUUUAGGCACGUUGCCUAAAAAAUGUUUAUAUGGGUCUUAAAUUUAAGAUCUCGCUGUAUGUCAGAAAAAGAUGUGAACGUAGUUUUUCAAUAGCCUUGUUCAGAUGGAAAGACUAUCUCUCCCAUGUAGCUGCUGAUCCACUAGAUUAAGUAUUUCUUUCAACAACUGUUUGUGUCCACGUGUGCAGUUCUUCCCCUGAAAAUCAGUUCAAACCUUGCCUUAAUGCUAGAACUAACGAUUGUCAAAGAGUUCCUUUUCUCUUAUAAGCCAUACUGGCUGGACGGUUUGUGGGUAAAUGUAGAUAGCGAUUCAUUAGUUCACUAAUACGUGAAUAAUACGUUAGAGAAGCGUUUCAGCACAAAGGUUUUCUGUACUGUAUAUGCAUCUCAAAAUUCCUUCCCAUAGUCCACCUGCUUUAGUCUCACAUUCCUCGCUGUAGACCCGUACGUGUUGCCGGUGAAGUGAUCAAUCAACAGAUCGGAACAUAUUCCACUUUGCCAGCGUUAGCGCCACAGUCCUGCUCGUUUGUCCAGCGUAUGACGCUCUCCCAUUCCCACUAAGUCUAGAAAGGGCAGAGAGAGAGUGAAGACUGGCAGGAGGAGUGUGACAUUAGAAUGUGUCAAGGCUGAGUGAAGAUAUACCUCUAUGCAUAUGAGCUUGUGUUGCGUAAGUGCUUGUAAUAAAAGUCCAUGGCUCCUUCGUGUGAAAGGAUCUCCUCGCCUCAGUUCAUUUCAGGAGCACUUUAGGCAUGUUCCUUUUCUCUACGCUGAUUGUUUCGUACACAAAGACUUGCUUGUAGUCUUUUUAAGGGUACCAUGUGUAGACCAGUUCACACUUUCUAACAGGUCUGAUGUAUUCUGUUCUAUAGUGGUCAAAGAAUGUCAACUUGACCUGAUUCUUUUCAGAUAACCACAGAGCUCUGAUGUCUUCAAUUGAAACUGGUUUCUGCUGUAACUGAGCGACAACUGCUACUGUUUGGAGUGUUAGGUUCCAUUUCUUCUAAAGCUGUGUUCAGUCUGAAUGCAAAGUGAAUUUGUGGCAGUGCUGUGUUGACUUACUGUUACUAAAAAAAAUACAUGAAUGAGCUGGAAGGUACUGCCAGUGUACAGUCAUUAAAAGCAAAUAAACACGGCCUAUUGAACAAAAAUUCAGCUGUCAGAUUUGCAUGGAUAACAUAAGACAUGUUGAGUGUAAUCACACUGACCACAGAAGAGGUCAUGUUAAUGUUUCACUCGCUGUGCAGUUUAUUCAAACUGAAAACUUCCACUGUUUUCUAACACGAGCAGUUCACAGGAAAUGAACCUGGACCUAAACUGCAACAUAAUCCAAAAGAACAGUCUAUUAACUUGGUUCUUAUUCAAAACUGCCACAAAUCCAAUGGAAUAAAACAGGGUUCUCUUUCUUUGUAAUGUUCUCAUUCUUCUUCUGCGUUUCCUCCAGAAAAAGGCAGGUCGAGCAUUUUGACUAUCAUGUCCUUCAUGUUCUUUACUGUAUGCAAUUUCAAAAGAGGAAUGUGACACCAUCCUUAGGUUAGGUUGAAUGUACUGUAUAAUAAUGAACACUACCGCUAGGAGUUAGCAUAUGUAGUCUGCUUUGGUUUUCUCUUCUCAUGCAUAUAAAUAGUUUCCUGCAUAGACUGCAGUUAGCACAGUGCGGUGUACUGUGUGUCAGCUUCAUAGUGCUGUUAGCGUUCAUACAGCUGUAUCCCACCACUCAUCACUCAGUGCUGUUCUUAUGAAUGUAUAUACGCAUUCAGUGCAUACACUUUAACUAUAUACACUCUCAUGGUCACAGUGUAUUAAAUAUACCCAGAGUACUUUCCAAGUAUGUGAAAAGCAUGUUCUAGGUGAGGAACUGUAAACCUGAAACUCUUAAGGCACAGUCAGAGACUCUCCCUGGUUACGGUAUAGCACACAGUAGCACCCCCAAAAACCACGGCACAACUUUUCAAAAGAAGAGCCCCGAUCCAGAAUGUCAUGGAGCCAGACAGACUCCUGACAGUCCCCUCAAAACCAUUGUGAUGAUAACAAACAGACCAGUCCAGACCAGUCCAGUUAGACCAAAUUUAAUUUUGACCCUGGUUUUGAGUAAUCAAGUAGAUCUGUAGAUGCACUAAUCACUAACAAUCCAAGAGAUCUCGACAUCUGGUCACCAGACUGAAUGAAAGUGCCACUUGAAUCACCAGUGGCAUUCCAAAGAAUAAAAACUACACUGACUUCUCCUAAAGUUACUGCCAAUAGAAUAUAUAACCAUUCAUAUAUAGCACACUUUUUGUUUGUAGUCUGCAUUUUAGACAUGCCGCCUGUGAGCUCAACAGAGAUUCUGACAUUUGGGGGCGCUGUUGUGCACUAUAACACAAUCAAGGACUGUCUUUAACCUCUGUUCAUUGUUCUGCUGUGAAGCACUCGCUCUCCUUUAGUGUCACAGAGCAACAACAUUACAAACAAGAACACGGGUUACUCUAUAUUUGUAUAAUAAAGAAUAUAUAUAUGCCUAUAUAUACACACAUAUAUAAAUGUAUCAGUCCAGGGGGAUCUUUGUCUUUGAUACAUCACAUGAAGUGGAACAAAGACCUCCUGUCAACAUUUUACAACCAAAUAAUAGUGUUUGUGUGUUGUUUUCUUCAUUUAUGUCUGAUAGAUUUUAAAAACUGUCUGACAAAACUACUGUGUUCUACUGAAGAAACCAAAUGUCACCCAUGUCAUCAUCUGACAUCUCCUGAUUAUUGUGUGUAUUAUUAUUUUCUUUUCUUUUUUUGCCAAAGCCUCCCUCUUUCUCUCCAGUCCCCAUCCGCCGUGUGUCGAGCCGUGAUGAUGGAUGACCAUGAACCAAAAUCAAACUAGUCUUUCUGUCUCCUGGCGGCCGACCUCGUCCACACUGCAAACAUUAACUAACCUGUAAAUAAACUUAGUCUAAUGACAUAAAUUAAGGGAGAGGAAUAAUUAUGUCGAAUUUCAUGGAGAAAGAUAUUUAUUUUAGUGUAGAAGUUUCUCCUCUUUUGUCUUUAAUAUCUGGUUUUGGUUGUAAGUUAAUUUGCACGUUGAUUUCUUUUUUCUCUUUUGUUGCCUUUUGAUUUUAGCAAAUUCUGUCUUUUGUUUCUCUUCUUGAGUCUGUGUAUUUCAAUCUUUUCGAUGCCUUUUGAAGAAAAGACAUGACAGCAGAAGCAGAUCAAACCUGUUUUCUCCUGCUUUCACACAAACGUGGAUGGAAUCGACCCAGCUGGUUAAAGCAGUAAUGUUUUGAUACACUGUACUGUUAACAGUCACAGAUAUGCUUUUUCUAACAUUUUAACAUUUAUGAUUACCAAUACUUUGUACAUCUUUAUUGCAAUAAAUAAAUCAAAUGAAAUCA